AUGAAGCAAAGUAAUGACAUGUGGAAGUUGGACUUGCUUGAGGCAAAGUUCACCUCUGCACACCCACGUUUUCCCCACACAAAGAAACUUCUUCAUGCUAAAAACAACUCAAAGUUGUUGAAGAAACUUCCAAGCACUAGAGCUGAAGCUGAACAACAAAUUGCUGCGUUAAAACAGGACUAUUUCGGAAGAAAAUACUAUGGAGCACACAAGAAGUUGGAGAAAGAAGUCUUACGUAUCAUCAAGAGUAAAGAAAAUGAAACUGAAGUGAAAGACUUUGUUUCCAAUGAAGAAAAUAUCCAAAAUAUGUUGACAUCUAAACUUGUUAAAAGUGUGAUAACAAGUAUAUUAACCACUAAGGAACUUAAGGAGACUCCACCUAAAUUCAUUUCAGAAGAAGUCAGAACUAUCAUUAAAGACAAGAAUAACAAGGCACAUCCAUCUCGUUUCUUUAUAGAUACUUGUCAGAAUAACAAGACUUUGAACAAAUAUAUCUCUAAUCUUUGGAACAACAAGACAGUUAAACCACUUUUAGGAGAAAUAGAAUGGUCUUUCAAGGUGGUAAGAGGUAACUUGUCCAAGCAAGAAAAGGAUUUGAGAAAAUCUCAAACUGGUAAGGACGUUGAUGAGGAAGAAAAUGAAAAUGCACCAGGUAGUGAUGAUGAUAGUGAUGAUGAUUCUGAUGAUGAAGCAAUUGAGCAAGAUGUAGAAAUGACUGAAGAGGAUCUUGACAGAUUUGCAAUUUAUGAGAAUUCUGAUCCAGAAGCUGAAGGUGACGCACAAUUUGCCAUAGAUCCAAAUGUGAAUUAUAAUGAAGUUACCGAUGAAGAAGCUUCAGCAGAUGAAGAAUCUGAUGAUGACGAAUCUGAAGAUGAUUUCUUUGAAGAAAACGAAAAAAAGACAUCCAAAAAGGAAAAGAAAGAAUCUAAGAAGCUUGCCUUACCUGAUUUAGCUAGUGGAUAUUUCUCGGGGGGUGACUCUGACUCUGAUGACGUGGAUAACGAUGAAGUGGUGAAGGCUGCUGUUACACAAAGAAAGAAUAGAAGAGGUCAAAGAGCUAGACAAAAGUUGUGGGAAAAGAAAUACGGGAAGGAAGCCAAGCAUGUUAAACAAGAACAAAUACGAUAUGCAUCUGAACGUGAACAAAGACAAAAGGAUUACGAAGAAAGAUGUCGUAAGAGAGAAGAAAAGGCAAGAUUGGCAGUGGAAAAUGCUCCUUCUGGAUCGAAUGUUGCACCACUUGGAGAAAGAAAGCCAAGAACUUCUGAUUCCACGUCUACUGCCCUGCCAGCUCCACAAGCUAUUCCUGAGAAAAAGGAACAUCCAUCUUGGGAAGCCAAGAGAUUGGCAGAAGAGAAACUUAAAAACGUCAAGUUUACCGGUAAAAAGAUUACAUUUGAUUAA